CCGAGCCACACACUGCUGCACGUAUGUCUGGGCCUGGACCUCCCCCCUCCUCAGAGCGGCAGCACCAGUUGUUGGCCAAAAAUAAACACCAUUCCUCAACCAUAUAUGUCCACCAGCCCAGAGCUGGGGAGGAGCAGCAGGAGGUAGGUCAGGUCCCCGGGCUCCAGUCAUACUCUGUGUGGCCGCUGCACACCAUGCACAUCACCCAGCUCAACCGGGAGUGCCUGCUGCACCUCUUCUCCUUCCUGGACAAGGACAGCAGGAAGAACCUCGCCAGGACCUGCCCCCAGCUCCAGGACGUGUUUGAGGACCCCGCACUCUGGCCCCUGCUGCACUUCCGUUCCCUCACAGAACUCAAGAAGGACAACUUCCUCCUGAGCCCAGCCCUCAGGAGCCUCUCCAUCUGCUGGCAUUCCAGCCGCGUGCAGGUGUGCAGCAUUGAGGACUGGCUCAAGAGCGCCCUCCAGAGGAGCAUCUGCAGCCGGCAUGAGAACCUGGUCAAUGAUUUCCUCCUCCAGGUGUGCGACAGGUGCCCCAACCUGGCAUCCGUCACGCUAUCCGGCUGCGGUCACGUCACCGACGACUGCCUAGUGCGUCUGCUCCUCUCCUGCCCGCGCCUGCGCGCUCUGCGCCUGGAGAACUGCGCGCGCGUCACCAACCGCACGCUGACAGCCGUGGCGGCGCACGGGCGCGCGCUGCAGACGCUGCACGUGGACUUCUGCCGCAACGUGAGCGCGGCUGGCCUGCGCCGCCUGCGCGCCGCGUGCCCGCGCCUGACGCUGCGCGCCGAGCACAGCGCAGCCAUGAUCCCAGACCAGCCCCCGCGCGGCCCGCAAGCGCCCGGCGCCGCUUUCCGCAAACUGCUGCAACGCUAGCUGGGCGCCUCUCCGCUGGGAGGACACCCGCCUCGGGCGUCCCGGCGGAAGGAGCGACCUGGCUUGAACUCCAACUCCUAGACAGCCGCCACAUCCUCAUCCAAGACGAGGAUACGAGCGCCUACCUCACGUGAUUUUAUACACAGGCUAAGCGGGAAAUUUGAUGGCCCGAUGCUUGGAAAACACUCCAGUGUUUAUUUAUCUCACUAAACACCAGCACCCUUCCCCGUCUCUCCCGCGCACCGUAUUCUCCGCCUGGCGCCGCCCGUAGCUGCAGGAGGCCCUACCCAACACCAACGAGUUUGGAGAUAUAAAUAACCUGGCGGGGAGGCGUGACCACCCGGGGCUCCCCCGCAGCGCGCGGGGCGGGCCACCCCGGGAAAGCGCGCAGUGAAACCCCCGGGCCCUCGGAGGGUCUAGGUGGUGCGCCAGCGGGAAGAGGGAAGGAACCCCUGGCACAGGGACCGAGACAGCCAUCGAACUGCGGCUUUGCUUUACAGCCACCCCAGCGUGCUCGCCUUUUUUCCGGGCAGAUGCAUUUCUAGGAGGGACUGCAAACAAGGUUCCAGAAAACUCGCUCGUUGAUGUGCUUCUUUCAUAAACAGCCGUUUUUAUCCUCAUUUUCUACCGUUCUCUCAUUAAUAAGGGGAAAAAAAUCAUUUGAAAAACCCGAAGACUUAAAAGCAAUAGCCCUGGUUAGAUCACUGGAUAAUGAAACCCUUAAAAGCUGAUGCAAAAUUAAAAUUUUUACCUGCUAGAUUUGCUGAACGUG